CGGAGACGCUGCACAAGUGAUCAGCAAACACACGUGUCGCUCAACCAGAAGGAACAGGAUUCCUUGGAUGCUUUCCAGAUCCGCCUGGCUUUUUCUCUCUCUCUCCUUUUUUUUUUUUCCCUCCCCUUUCCCUGGCUGGCUCCAGGUUUUACUUCUGGUUGCCUGCGAGGACUGCUUUUGCUCCUCCCUUCUGAAAUCCUAUAUUAACUGUGGCCAAAGCCGGGGAAGAAGCACAGCUCAUUGUUGGCGAGGGCUGAUGAGCCUGGCGGAGGAGUGAGGAGCGGCGGCGGGUCGGAGGGGCCGGGGGAGCCCUCUGUAUGCGGGGCGGCUCCCGCUGAGCGAUCGCGGAGCCCGAGGACCAGAGAGGAGAAGGGGAGACGAGGUGGGCAAUGGCAGAGCACAUGAUGGCCAUGAAUCACGGGCGCUUCCCCGACGGGCCCAGCGGGCUGCACCACCACCCUGCCCACCGGAUGGGAAUGGGGCAGUUUGCUAGCCCGCACCACCACCACCAGCAGCAGCAACAGCAACAGCAGCAGCAGCACGCCUUCAGCGCCCUCAUGGGCGACCAUAUACAUUACGGAGCGGGCACUAUGAACGCCACGAGCGGGAUCCGGCAUGCCAUGGGGCCGGGCGCCGUGGGCGGGGGGCACCCCGCCGGUCCGCUGCCCCCCGGCGCCAGGUUCCCCGGCUCGCAGUUCCUGGCGCCGCCCGUGGCCAGCCCCGCGGGGCAGCUGACGGCCAGCAUGCAGCUGCAGAAGCUCAACAACCAGUACUUCAGCCACCACCCCUACCCGCACGGCCACUACAUGCCGGACUUGCACCCCGCGGCCCACCAGCUCACCGGCCCGGGCCAGCAUUUCAGAGACUGCAACCCCAAGCACGGCGGCGGUGGUGGCGGCGCCUUGCCCGCCCCCGUGCCCCACGGCCCCGCGGCCAUGCUGCCUCCCAAUGUCAUAGACACCGACUUCAUCGACGAGGAGGUGCUCAUGUCCCUGGUCAUAGAAAUGGGCUUGGACCGCAUCAAGGAGCUGCCUGAGCUGUGGUUGGGACAGAACGAGUUUGACUUCAUGACAGACUUCGUUUGCAAACAGCAGCCCAGCAGGGUGAGCUGCUGACUGACUGCAGGCAGACAAAGGACUUGGGAGCCCGUGCGGAUGACAACAUUCCCUUAGACACAGGACCUGGCUUCCCCGCCUGCACAGGCUGAGGAGCUGGAGCCCAGAGUCAACUAGAAGCUUGUAGAAAUUGAUUUGGGGUUUGUUUUUGCUUUCUCUCUCUCUCUCUCUCUCUCUCUCUCUCUUUUUUUUUAAUGCUGCCACACUUCUUUUGUAGCUCUGACACUCACUUCCCUGCCUGUAGGACUAAUUCCUAGCUAACAAUGCCUUUGGCCAUUUGUUCCCCUCUCUUUCUCUCCCCCUCUUUCCCUGCCUUUCCCUUUCCCCAUCUUUAUCUCUCCCUUUCUCUCCAUCUUUCCACCUUCUCUUUCUCUCCCCCUUUCCCUGCCUCUUUCUCUUUCCCCAUCUUCCCCCCCUUUCUAUCACCUUCUCUUUCCCUUGCCCCAUCUUUCCCCCUCUCUUUCUCUCUCUCCUUUGCUUCCUCUCCCCCCCCUCCUUCUUUCCCACCCCCCAUUACUUUCUUCACAGUAACAUGUGCAUCAUGUCCACAGGGCUGAACUGUUAGAUAUUAACCUUGGCAAAUUGCUUCAUCUUGUGGAUUUUGUAGGUGAUGAUUUCCAAGCCACUCAAAUUCCGCGUGAGCAGGGCCAAACCGUUGCAUUAGUGGGUUGCAUGAACUUUGAAGGGCAGAUAUUACUGCACAAAACGCUGCCAUCUUGCUUAAUUUUUAACUAUGCAUCGCAGUGCAGGCUAUUACAUUUAUUUUUAUUAUUUUUCAGUGCGCUUAAACUGGAAGCUUAACAGCCUUGGGCCAAACCCUCUCAGAUCAGGAAGAGUAAUACUGUUAACUUAAAGUCUGCUCCCCAUUCCCCUUCCCCCAUAUGUACAGACAAUAAUAUGGUGUGGAUGGAAUGUUGACUAGUCAGUGGCAAACAUUUCACAGACUUUUAUUUUGUUCCGUCUUCAGCAUUUUGACACUGUGCUAAUAUAGUUUAUUCAGUACAUGAAAAGAUACUACUGUGUUGAAAGCUUUUUAGGAAAUUUUGACAGUAUUUUUGUACAAAACAUUUUUUUGAGAAAAUAUUGUUAAUUUAUUCUAUUUUAAUUUGCCAAUGUCAAUAAAAAGUUAAGAAAUGCUUUAGUUUUUCUAGAAGUCAUUUCCCGAUUUUUUCCCCCCCCCCCUCCCCCUGCCCUUAAACUUCCCCCUUCCCCUUGGUAAGUAGAACAUCUACCUGUAAAACUGUGUUGGUGUGCAAGAAAACAUUCCCAAAUAGAAAGUGCACUGCACCCAUGUAUGUGUCAUGGUGAGCUCAGUAGGACAGCAGGAUUUAAACAGAAUUACAGCAUAAAGCCUCAUUAAAUAACAUUGUAACAUGCCUGUCAAUGUGGUAUUAUCAGAAAAUAAAGUUGCCAAGAAGCAACUUUUUUGUGACUUGCCAACAUACUUGCUUUAAAUGUAGUUGUCCAGAAUUAUGAUGCAUAAAGUAUUUAUUAUAUUUAUCUAUUAAACUUGUAAUUUUAUAAAUCCUCUUUCAUUUA